AUGGGUCGUAAACCGUCUCUUGAAGAUGCUGGGGAACCCCUUGACACACUGGUUGUGAGUGGAAAUGCGGGCAAAGAGCUUGCCAGAGUGGUCAAACGAGAUGUUUGGGGAGCAGCAUUGGCAGCACUCGAAGAAGCCGAAUUGGUGCACGCAGAUUUGCAUCCUGGGAAUGUUUGUAUCAGGGAACGGGAUGGGAAACUUGAGGCUCUGGUUGUGGACUUGGAGGGGGCAGUAAAGGAAGGAAGCAAGUUGGAGGAGAGCCCAAUCAAAUAUAGGGACGAGCUUCUGAACGAAAGCUCUAACACGGCAAGCACAAAAAUGGACAAAGCAUGGGUCGCUGCAAUUCUUCAAUGCCUCUGGGAAGAGGGAUCCUUUCAUGACCUGGUCAAGGGCGUAAGGGGGCUGAAGAAUCUCUCACAUGCGGAAUUCAAAGAACGCACAGAAGACAUACUGUGCAAGAUCGUUCCGAGUGGAAGAAGUUGA